AUGAAAUUGUUCGUGGUUAUCCUUUUCGUGGGUCUGGCGUCUGCUGCCCAAAUCAGAAACCAAAGGGCAAGUGUUGAUCCUAAGGAUGUCCAGAUUUUAAGAUACAACACAGAUAACAUCGGUUUGGACGGCUACAAAUUCGAUUUCGAGCUAAGCGAUGGAACGAAACGCGAUGAGCAAGCGGAGUUGAGGAACGCGGGCACUGAUGACGAAGCUAUAGCCGUAAAGGGCUCCUACAGCUGGAUCGGACCAGACGGUGUGAAAUACACAGUCAUUUAUACAGCCGACGAGAACGGAUUCCAGCCGAGAAUCGAACAGGAGGGUCCUGGCAGCAUACCCGCGGGAGUAGUCGCUUCCCUCGUAGGAUAA